UCAGCGAACCUUUAAGCAUAGAAAUGUUUACAAGACUUUUUGCAGUUUGCGCAGCUAGCCUUGUGCUGCUAAUACUUGAAGUAUCUGGAACCCCAGUCAACMAGCCACGGAAUUUUGAUUAUGAUUUCUUACAUGAUGACAAGGAAUGUAAAGACCUACGAGACGACUGUAGUGAUAUACCAGCAAAAGGAGAAGAAUUGAUAGAAUACUGUAAGAAGUGGAAAGAUGACAAAGCAGUUCAGGAAUGUCCUAUGACUUGYGGAAGAUGCAAAGCUCCGUCCCCUCCUGCAGAAUGCGAGGACGAGCGAGMUGAUUGCAGUUGGAUAACUGAUAACAAUCCUGGUGCAGAUGCCUUGUUCAAGUACUGUACAGACAAUAACAAUGAAGAUGCAGUUAAGCAAUGCAAAAAGACUUGCAAUUUUUGUAACGCUCCAUUCCCAUCUGUUGAAUGCAAGGACGAGCGGGAUGAUUGCAGUUGGAUAACAGCUAACAAUCCUGAUGCUUAUCCCUUGUUCAAGUACUGUUUUGAGUACAGAAACGACGAUGUGAUUAAGCAGUGUAAAAGGACAUGUGGAUUGUGUUUUGGGUAGCCAAGAAACCACAACCAACUCUAAAUCUGUGAUAUUCAACAGGAAUCUUUGGACGUUUCCUAUCGGUCAGCGGUAGUUGUAGGAGUGUAGUGGAUGAAAAUUAAUUUUUGAACUAUUCAGCAAAAUACAAUAAGAUAAGAGAUAAAGGUUUUAACCUAUCCAAUAGUGCAUCACUGCACUUCAUCUGUUGAUUAUAUAAACAUUUAGUUAUAGUUUGUGCUCCAUAUCAGUAUAGCACCUUAUUACCUUGGCCAGUUGUACUAGAUUUUGUAAGGGCGCCAUUUUGGUAGUAUCUUGAUUGCGUUAGACUGUACUUUAGCAUAAGCUGAAUAAAACUAACAUUUUGGUUACAACAAUUGAUGCAAUAAAUAGAUUAGACAUUAUAUGAAACUUCGUCUGUCCCAAAACUUAAGGCUUUGUUGGUUAUAAUAGAUUUUUUUCAUACUUUAUUGUUCAAAUGAUUCAAAAAAUAAGGGAAAAACAGGAAAAGUUUCCAAGAAAAUCUUGUCAAAAGUGUACCGGGAAUAAGAAAUGAAAUAAAUUCAUCAUAACA